AUGUCAAUAAAGCUUUGAAAAAUAUCUCGAAAUUAGACAAUAUAGUCCCUGUUUUGGAAAUAAAAACAACUCCCACACUAUGAAAUAUCCAAAUUAAAAUCCAGGCAAACUUUCAACAUGAUUUUGGGCAGAUUCGUAAGGUUCUUGGUCCUGGCCGGCACCAUCUACUUGGCCAAGGAGUUCGGCAGCUGGGAUGAGGUUGGACAUCGGGUUGGGGCGGAGAGACCAGCCUCUGAUCUUCCGGUUGGGGCUGAUGGCCACGAAGAGAAGCCCACUCCCAAGGACCUGAUGGCGCCUGAUAGUCAUCGACUUCUCUUUGACGAGGAGGACAAACGGCGGAUGAAACGGGCCCAAGAGGACUUGGGUAAGAAGCUCUGCCAGCCUCCCCUGUGCGAGCCCAAGCCGAAACCCCUUACGGAAGCCAUCAAUGAUGCCCUGUACGACACCUGGCUAGCCAUAAAGAAGAUUCCGGACUACUGGUCCCGGGCCGCGGCCGAUGUUCAGGAGAGCGUCAGUAAAUUUUUCGAUGGAGGAAAAAAAUAGCCACCGCCUUUACAGAAAUCCUAAAUUUUAAUUAAAGACCAGAACUAAAUAAACUAAAUCCAAUCUAGUUGGCUUUUAAAAUGCAA